AUGGUAGCCCAAAACCAUCAUGAAUCCAAGUCAACAAGACAGAAGUUCACUGCUGAAGAAGAUGCUCGUUUAAUAGAUCUUGUUAGAAUCCAUGGAAACAAAGCUUGGAAGAAAAUUGCCUCCAUUAUGAAGACAAGAACCACAAGACAAUGCCGUGAACGUUAUAUUAAUUACCUAUCUCCAAAUGUAACCAAUGGCCCUUGGACAGCCGAAGAAGAGCUACUUCUCAUUGAGAAAGUCCAGGAGAUGGGACCAAGAUGGUCUAAGAUUGCAAAGUAUUUCCAAUCCCGCUCAGAUGUUAACAUAAAGAACAGAUAUGCUCUCUUUGUUUCAAAGGGAAGAGCUCCAGCUCUCCAACCAAUCCCAAGAGAGAAACAUACUAGCCAGCUCAGAUUGUAA